UGCACUUAAGCCCUCACUGGUACAUAGAAGAGCAAAAGCAGGCAAGGACUAGGAAAAAGGAAAGGAGGCUGGAGACAGGCUGCCAGAGGGCUCAGAAGCCAGCUCAUCUCCCUGUCCCAACUCUGUCCACCUGCUGCUGUGGCCACAGCAACAGAAGAGACAGUUAGCAAGACAAGAAGUCCCAGUCCACAAGGCCCGGUAUCUUAUGGACAGUGGUGUCAUUAGCUGUGGCACCCAAAAUGUCUCAAGAAAUGGAAGAACUCACCCAAACCAGGUUGCAGAAGAUCUGGAUUCCACACAGCAGCGGCAGCAGUGGGCUGCAACGGAGGAGGGGCUCAUCCAUACCCCAGUUUACCAAUUCCCCCACAAUGGUGAUUAUGGUGGGUUUACCAGCUCGAGGAAAGACUUACAUCUCUACAAAGCUCACCCGAUAUCUGAACUGGAUCGGAACACCAACUAAAGUGUUUAAUUUAGGUCAAUAUCGAAGAGAGGCAGUUAGCUACAAGAACUAUGAAUUCUUUCUCCCAGACAACAUGGAAGCUCUACAUAUCAGGAAGCAAUGUGCUUUGGCAGCCCUUAAGGAUGUCCAUGAUUAUCUCAGCCAUGAGGAAGGUCAUGUUGCGGUUUUUGAUGCCACCAACACUACCAGAGAACGACGGUCACUGAUUUUGCAGUUUGCUAAGGAACAUGGUUACAAGGUGUUUUUUAUUGAGUCCAUCUGUAAUGACCCCGGCAUCAUUGCAGAAAACAUCAGGCAAGUGAAACUCGGAAGCCCUGAUUACAUAGACUGUGACCGAGAAAAGGUUCUGGAAGACUUUCUAAAAAGAAUUGAAUGCUAUGAGCUCAAUUACCAACCCUUGGAUGAUGAACUGGACAGCCACCUAUCCUACAUCAAGAUCUUCGACGUGGGCACGCGCUACAUGGUGAAUCGAGUGCAGGACCACAUCCAGAGCCGCACAGUAUACUAUCUUAUGAACAUCCAUGUCACACCCCGUUCCAUCUACCUAUGCCGGCACGGUGAGAGUGAACUCAACCUCAGAGGCCGCAUUGGAGGUGACUCUGGCCUCUCAGCUCGGGGAAAGCAGUAUGCUUAUGCCCUAGCAAACUUCAUUCAGUCCCAGGGCAUCAGCUCCCUGAAAGUGUGGACCAGCCACAUGAAGAGAACUAUCCAGACAGCUGAGGCCCUCGGUGUCCCCUAUGAGCAGUGGAAGGCCCUGAACGAGAUUGAUGCGGGUGUGUGUGAGGAGAUGACCUACGAAGAAAUUCAGGAACAUUACCCUGAAGAAUUUGCACUAAGGGACCAAGAUAAAUAUCGCUACCGCUAUCCCAAGGGAGAGUCCUAUGAGGAUCUGGUUCAGCGUCUGGAGCCAGUUAUAAUGGAGCUAGAACGGCAGGAAAAUGUCCUGGUGAUCUGUCACCAAGCUGUCAUGCGGUGCCUCCUAGCCUAUUUCCUGGAUAAGAGCUCAGAUGAGCUGCCAUAUCUCAAGUGCCCUCUGCACACAGUACUCAAACUCACACCUGUGGCUUAUGGCUGCAAAGUGGAGUCCAUCUACCUGAAUGUGGAGGCCGUAAACACACACCGGGAGAAGCCUGAGAAUGUGGACAUCACCCGAGAACCUGAGGAAGCCCUGGACACCGUCCCUGCCCACUACUGAGUCCUUCCCAGGAAUCCAAACUACCUCUUUCCUGUCUUACACCUUUAGAAGCUUCUAUCCUUAUUCUUCUACACUGAGAAGACUUUGGAUCUGGCCUCACUGAGAGAGUUCUGCUCUCAGUGAAGAUGCUCUCAGCAGUUCUAGAACAGGUCUUGAUUUCUAGGUACGACCAAGGAGCUGUCUACCUCUGGAUGAAACUUUUUUCUUAAUUUGUAUUCUCUGAUCAAUGAAAACUUCUCUUGCUGCCUUUUAGAGGGGAGAGAUGGCCAUUGUGAGGCUUCUAUCACAGGGUCUUCUUAAGAUCCUGACCCUGUGAAGUGGCUCUGGUACUGUAGAGAUAUGGAAUGGGAGAGAGCUUCCUGGAAGAAAGAGUUCUGGGGUAGCAUCUCCAAAAUUGAGGUGGGAGAUAGAUCUCUGUAACUGCUUGUUGGCCUUGUUCUUUAGUGGGCAGUAUAGCUGGGGGCAUGACACCAUCAUCCUUAUACUCAGAGAAGCUAUGCGUGGACCACUGUACUCCUUUCUUCUCCAAUUCUUGCUGCCAUUCUGAGUGUUAUCACUGUCCAUAUAAAUAAUCCAAACAAUACCCUGGUCUCCCAGCCCUCCUCAAUUCCACUGAUCACCCAUUACAUGGACAUUGGCAUCAUGUAGACUUCUCCCUAGUCUGACUUCUUAAAUAUAAGCAUACCACUGUCUGACCACUGACCCCUAGUCUUUACAACUUUCUGUGUCAUCCACAGGAUCCCUAGCAGCAUGCCUCCUACACAGUAGGCAUGCACAUAGUAUUUCUGGGCAGGUACCAGCAACCCAAUGCUGAAAAAAAACAUUCAUUCACUCACUGUGUUUAUUCCUUUGCCCUUCCAUCACAACCACCAGGAACCCAAACCUUGUAUAACCCACAUUGCUUUUUUGGUUGCUGAUCACUGCUUGAAGAAAAUCUUCACUGAGCUGCUUCCACAGCCACCAUUAAAUGCUGUUCAAAGUCAGGAUCUUUGGCUUUGAAAAUCCACCCUCUAUUUUCUGGCACUCUAUUGCAUCCCACCUUCUCAGGGAUGCACUACUUCAGUCAAUUCCUGAGUAUUCCUUUUCUAUCUACUGUCCUUCUCUAUUGGCUUUUGCCCCCAUGGUCUAUGAAACAUGGUAGGGUCUCUUUCCUAUCCCAAUAAAACCCUCCCUUGUUUCUAUGUCCACUUCUCAUGACCACCCUCUUCCUCCCUCCAUUCUUAUACAAACAUCUCAAAAUGAAUCUAUACUUACUAUCCAGAACCUUCUCCCUCAGCAUUCUGUUCCAGGCCUUCCACCUCCACUUUGUUCAGGCUAUUAUCCCCUUCCUGCCAUGCUUUUCCUAGGUCUCUAUCCCACUGAAGUCAUACUUGCCUUUUAGCCUAACCUAGCCUUUUAGCCCACCUUCUCUCAAGAGCUAUGCUGAUCUUUAGCUCUUCUGUGAGCCCAUAAUAUUACUCACAACAACCUAAGAACAAUUUAAAAAAACAACUCCAAGUCAUUUUGCAAAUUUAAUGUAACUCUGAUACCAAAUAUGACAGCACACAAAAAGCAAACAAUAAAGCAAGAUUGGCAACCCAAUUUUUUUUAUAGCAUGCCAACUUCAGCUGAUCAGUAGUAUUUGCUUAGACUGCUGGGUGAACAAAGAUUUCAAGGAUGUACCUUGGCUCCACGAGAAGGAAGGACUGCCGCAACUCAUUAAUGGUAUCUGUAAACAUGGGAAAUAAACCUGAAAACAAAACACCAAAAA